AGCUCUUUUACCCAGUCAUUAUUUUCUUUGAGAGUGCAUAGAUUUGUGUUGAUAUAGAAAACAAUGGCACUACAUGGAAAGAUUGAGACAACAUUAGAACUCAAGUCCUCCGCAGAGAAGUUCUACGAAGUGUGGAGGAGCCAGUCCUUCCAUGUUCCCAAACAUGCUUCCAAGCAUAUCCAAGGAGUUGAUGUACAUGCAGGUGACUGGGAGACUGCGGGCUCUAUCAGGAUUUGGCAGUACACAAUCGGAGGGAAAGCCGGGGUCUUUAAAGAGGAGGUUUCCUUCGAUGAUGAGAACAAGAUCGUAACUCUUAAUGGUUUGGAAGGAGAUGUCAUGAAAAUUUACAAGGUCUAUAAGCCCAUCUGGCAGCUGACACCAAAAGGCUCGGGCUGCUUGGCAAAACUGACCAUUGAGUACGAGAAACUCCAUCCUGAAGUCCCGGUUCCAGAGAUUUAUGUUGAUUUUAUGGUUCAUAUGACUAAAGACAUCGACGAAGCCCUUAGCACGGAGUAGAAGGGGUCAUCUCGACCAAUAAGCAUCACAUGUUUGUGAUCAUGCUAGUACUCGUAUAAUAUAUAUCUAAGCUUUCGUGCAACGAGUUUCAGUGCAUCAGUGUGUGUGAUCUGUGGGGAGAUCUUGUGUUGUAUUUCCUUUGUGUAAUCUACAAAACUAUUAAAUAAAAGUAGAAGCUAAAGCUGCGGCUGCUUCCUCAUUUGUAAUGUUA